CUGCUGCUCAAUGUACACGCACCUUAACCCACUCAAGCCUGCGACGAUGCUCCUGGGUCCAGUUGUUGCUCUCUCCGGUAUCCUGGUUGUCCUUGCCCUUUGUGCUGAAGCCUUUCCUCCACAGGCUGAUGGCUAUGUGGAUGUUGGCAAUGCUUCUGCAGUUAAGUCUGUUGUCUGGCACAUUGUUCUGUUGAAGGUGAUCGCAAAUGGCCUGUCCGGUCUGGGUGGUGGAAUUGUAGGAGACGGCAGACGGAUCGUAGAUGGACAUCUUGCCCUGGUAGAUGUAGGCGACGACGUCGUGCCAGUCAGCUUGGCCGCUGGCAUGAGCCUGCUUUGCUUUCGCUCGUACGGACUAUAAGGCGCAAGGUAGGACGGUGGCGCCCGAGUUGCAGGGCAUCAGGACGAUGAACAUCGACAAUCGGGCGGUUCCCAG